CGUGGCCGGAAAGCCCCGCCCCCCGGGGUGUGAUGAGCUGCCGCGGGCUCAGCGCGCGCCGCGACCGCAGCGCAGCUCCCCCCUGAGCUCUCCCAGCGACGCCGCCCCCUCCCCAAAUUUGGGGGUCCCCCGAGGCCGCCAUGCUGUCCCCCCCCCCCUUGGACCCCCUGGAGCUGCCGCGGUUCAGCGACCCCCGCUGGGAGGGGGAGGGGGGCGCGGGGGGGCCCGAGGAGGAGGAGGAGGAGGAGGAGGAGGACGAAGGCUCCGCCCGGCGCUUCGAGCGCUCCCGCAUCAAAGCCUUGGCAGACGAGCGCGAGGCCGUGCAGAAGAAAACCUUCACCAAGUGGGUGAAUUCUCACCUGGCGGGGGGGGCGCACCUGGGGGACCUGUACAGCGACCUGAGGGACGGGCGGCUCCUGCUGAGGCUGCUCGAGGGGCUCUCGGGGGAGACCCUGCCGCGCCCCACGCGGGGCCGGAUGCGCAUCCACUGCCUGGAGAACGUGGAGAAGGCGCUGCGGUUCCUGCGCGAGCAGCGCGUGCACCUGGAGAACGUGGGCUCGCACGACAUCGUGGACGGCAACCCCCGCCUGACCCUGGGGCUGGUCUGGACCAUCAUCCUGCGCUUCCAGAUCCAGGACAUCAGCGUGGAGACCGGGGACACGCGGGAGAGGAAAUCGGCCAAGGACGCGCUGCUGGCCUGGUGCCAGAUGAAAACCGCGGGGUACCCCAAUGUGAACGUGCAGAAUUUCACCACGAGCUGGAGGGACGGGCUGGCGUUCUGUGCCCUCAUCCACCGGCACCGGUGUGGGGAGGGGGCUGCGGAGGGGCUGGGGGGUGGGGAGGGGGCUGUGGGGAGGAUUUGGGGGUCUGACCGCCCGUGCCCCCCAGAUGUGGCCGUGGAGCAGCCGGACGAGCGGUCAGUGCUGACCUACGUGGCCGCGCUCUACCAUCACUUCUCCAGGAUGAAGGCGCUGGCCGUGGAGGGAAAACGCGUCGGGAAGGUGCUGGAGGCGGCGCGCGAGGCCGAGGGCCUGGCCGGCCGUUACGAGGCGCAGGCGGCCGAGCUGCUGGGCUGGAUCCAGCGCUCGCUGGGGCUGCUCACGGACCGGCGGCUGCCCCGCGGCAUCCCCGGCCUGCAGGGGCAGCUCCAGGCCUUCAGCGCCUACCGCACCACCGAGAAACCGCCGCGGUUUGAGGACAAGGGCUCCCUGGAGGUUCUGCUGUUCUCGCUCCGGAGCCGCCUCCGCGCCAACAACCAGAGACAGUUCGUGCCGCGGGAGGGGACGCACAGCGCCGACAUCAACAGGGCGUGGGAGCGGCUGGAGAAGGCGGAGCACGGGCGGGAGCUGGCGCUGCGCUCGGAGCUGCUCCGGCAGCAGCACCUGGAGCAGCUGGCGGCCCGGUUCCACCGCAAGGCGGCGCUCAGGGAGACCUGGCUGGGGGACAACCAGCGCCUGGUGGCACAGGACAAUUUCGGGGGGUCGCUGGGCGGUGUCGAGGCCGCGCUGCGCAAGCACGAGGCCAUCGAGAGCGACAUCGCCGCCUACGGCAGCCGCGUGCGCGCCGUCACCGCCGUGGCCGCCGAGCUGGAGGCCGAGCGCUAUCACGACAUGGGCGGCAUCGCGACACGGCGCGACCACGUGGUGUCGCUUUGGGAGGCGCUGCGGGCUCAGGUGGCGGCGAGGCGAGAGCGGCUCCGGGCGCACCUGGAGCUGCAGCGGCUCCUGCGCGACCUGGAGCACCUGAUGGGCUGGAUGGAGGAGAUGGAGGUGCGGCUGCAGUCGCGGGAUUUCGGGCAGCACCUGAGCCAGGUGGACGAUCUGCUGCAGAUCCACGCCCUGGUCGAGGGGGACGUGGCGGCCCAAGCCGAGAGGGUUCGGAGUGUGGGGGCGGCGGCCGAGCGAUUCCUCGGGGAGGGGGGCGGGUACCGCCCGUGCCCCCCGGAGCAGCUGCGGGCCCGCGUGGCCGCUCUGGAGCUCCGUUACCGGGGGCUCUCGGCGCUGUCGGCGCAGCGGCGGCUGCGGCUGGAGCGCUCCCGGCGCCUCUGGAAGUUCCUGUGGGACGCGGGCGAGGAGGAGGCCUGGAUGCGGGAGCAGGAGCGGCUCCUGCGCUGCCCGGAGCUGGGCCGGGACCUGCCGGGAGCGCUGAGGAUGCUGAGCCAGCUCGAAGCCAUCCGAGGGGCGCUGGGGGGACGCGCGGGGCCGCUGCAGCAGCUGCUGGAGCGGGGCCGGGAGCUGCUGGCGCAGGGAGCCCCCGACGGAUCCGCUCCUGGAUCGGUGGAAUCCACACCUGGAUCAGUGGAAUCCACACCUGGAUCAGUGGAAUCCACACCUGGAUCAGCGGGAUCCGCUGCCGGAUCGAUGGGAGGCUCAAAACCCGCGGAAUCCGCUGCCGGAUCCACCUCCAGAUCCACGGAGGGACCCCCGGAAUCCAAGAACGCCUCCCUGGAAUCCCCCCCUGCAUCCACGGAGGGACCCUCGCCAUCCUCCACCAGACCCUCGGAACGCCCCGACGGCUCCACGGAACCCACCGGGGCACCCACAGCCCGCCCUGAGGGACCCCCGGGCCCCGCUCCCGGCUGCCCCGACCCCGCGGCCGCCGUGUCCCGGCGGAUCCGGGAGCUGGAGUCGCUCUGGGCGGCGCUGCCGGCGCUGGCCGGGGCCCGGGAGCGGCGGCUCCGAGCGGCCGCGGGGCGGUUCCAGCUGGACGCGGAGGCGGCCGAGGCCGAGGCGUGGCUGGCGGCCGCCGCCCGCAGAGUGGCGGCGCCGGAGCUCGGGCACGACGAGCGCUCGGCGGGGAUGCUGGAGCGGCGCCUGCGGGAGCUGCAGGACGAGAUGCGGCGGCGAGGGCCGGCGCUGGCGGCGCUGCGGGAGCAGGCGGUGCCCGGCGAUGCCGCCGAACUUCCCGACGUGGUGGUGCCGGGGCUGGCGGAGCGGCUGGCGGAGCUGGAGCGGCGGCACCGGGAGCUGGAGGAGCGGGCGGAGCUGCGGCGCCUGGAGCUGCGGGACGCGCUGGGGUUGUUCGCGGCGCGCAGCGAGGCCGAUGCCUGCGCGCUCUGGGUGGGAGAGAGGGAGCAGUGGCUGCUCUCCAUGGAGAUUCCCGAGCGCAUCGAGGACCUGGAGGUGGUGCAGCAGCGGUUCGAGACGCUGGAGCCGGAGCUGGCGGCGCUGGCGGCGCGCGUGGCCUCCGUGGGCCGCGUCACGGAGGAGCUGCGGGGAUCCGGGGACAGGAACCGGGACAGCGCCCGCGACACCUGGGAGCAGCUCCGGGACAGGUGGGAGCGGUUCCGCGCGCUGGCCGAGCGCAAGAAGGUGGCGCUGACCGCGGCGCUGAACAUCCACAACUUCCGCCUGGAGUGCCACGAGACGCGGGGCUGGAUGCGGGAGAAGACGGCGGCGAUCGAGGCCACGCGGGCGCUGGGCCGGGACCUGGCGGGGAUCACGGCGCUGCAGGCGAAGCUCUCGGGGAUGGGGCGCGACCUGGACGCCAUCCAGGGAAAGCUGCGGGAGCUGCGCGCCGAGGGCGAGAAGCUGCAGCGGGAGCAGCCCGAGAGAGCGCCCGAGAUCGGCGAGGAGCUGGCGGCGCUCGAGGCCGAGUGGGACGCGCUGCGCCGGUGCCACCGGAGCCGCGAGGAGUCGCUGGGGCAGGCGCGGCGGCUCCAGGGCUUCCUGCGGGACCUGGCGGCGCUGCAGGCCUGGCUGUCCCGCACCCGCGCGGCCGCGGGCUCCGAGGAUGUGCCCGCGUCCCUGGCCGAGGCCGAGGGCUCCCUGCGGCAGCACGAGAGCCUCCGCACCGAGAUCUCGCACUACGGCGCCGAUUACCGGAGCGCCCGCGCCGCCGGCCGGGAGGUGACGCGCGGACAGACGGACGCGCAGAGUCUGUCCCUGCUGCAGCGCCUGGAAGCGCUGGAUGCGGACUGGGAAGAGCUGGGCCGGGUGUGGGAGAAGCGGCAGCGGCUCCUGGCCCAGGCUGUCGCCUUCCACGUGUUCCUGCGGGACGCCAAGCAGGUGGAGGGGACGCUGGGGAAGCAGGAGCACACGCUGGCCCACACGGAGAUGCCGAGCACGGUGCCGGGGGCGGAGGCGGCCGUGAGGAGGCUGGAGGAGUUCCUGGCCGCGCUGGACACCGGCACCGAGCGCGUCCGGGCGCUCACGGACACCGGCAGGAAGCUGCUGGACGAGGGCGGCGUCCACGUGGAAAAGGUGCGGGAGACGGUGGAGUCGGUGGAGAGCAGGCACCAGAAGAUCCGGGAAUCGGCCCAGGAGCUGCUGGGGCGGCUGCGGGAUAACUGGGAGCUGCAGAAGUUCCUGCAGGAUGGGCAGGAGCUGACGCUGUGGCUGAACGAGAAGCUGCCGGUGGCCCGGGACGUGUCCUACGAGGGCACGCGGGACCUGCAGGGCAAGUGGCAGAAGCACCAGGCCUUCGCCGCCGAGCUCGCCGCCAACCGGGGCUGGCUGGAGGCGCUGGAGAAGGACGGCGAGCAGCUGGCACGGGCACGUCCAGCCCUGGCCGGACAAGUGACCGCUCCCCGGCAGGAGCUGCGGGCGCUGUGGGCGCAGGUGGAGGCGGCGGCGGCCGCCAAGGGCCGGGGUCUGGCCGAGGCCGCGCGCGCCGAGAGCUGCGCCCAGGCCUGCGCCGGACUGCGCUCGUGGCUGGCCGGGGUCCGCGCCCAGCUCCGCUCCGGCCACUGCGGCCAGGACCUGACCAGCGUGGGGGUCCUGCUGACCCGGCACCAGCUGCUGGAGACGCAGGCGGCGCUGCGGGAGCAGGAGGUGGGGGCGCUGCGGGCCCAGGCCGGGGGGCUCAGCCCGGGGCACCCCCGGAGCGCGGGGGUGCAGGAGCAGGUGCGGGAGCUGGAGCAGCAGUUCCGGGAGCUGCGGGAGCCGCUGCGGGAGCGCGGGCGGAGCCUGGCGGCCGCCAGGGAGCUGCACCAGUUCCGGAGGGACCUGGAGGACGAGCUCCUGUGGGUACAGGAGCGCCAGGCCCUGGCCAUGUCCACGGACCACGGCAAGGACCUUCCCUCGGUGCAGCUGCUGCUCCAGAAGAACGAGACGCUGCAGAAGGAGCUGCAGGGCCGCGAGCGCCGCGUGUCGGAGCUGCUGGAGCGGGGGGCGCUGCCCGGCCCGGGGCUCCCGGAGCCGGGGGUGCCCGAUGGGGUGCCCGGGGGUGUCCCGGAGCCGGGGGUGCCCGGAGGGGUCUCCGGAGGGGUCGCGGCCCUGAGGGAGGCCUGGAAGGAGCUGAGGGCGCAGGUGGAGCGGAGGCAGCGGCGCCUGGAGGCCGCGCUGGCCGCCCAGCGCUUCCUGCGCGACGCCGCGGCCGCCGAGGCCUGGCUGGGGGAGCGGGAGCUGCACAUGCUGGCCCAGGACAAGGCCAAGGACGAGCCGGGCGCCCAGGCCAUGCUGAGCCGGCACCUGGGGCUGGAGCAGGAGCUGCGCGACUACGGCGGCACCGUGGAGCUGCUGGCGGAGCAGGGCCGGGCCAUGGCGGGCAGCGGGCACCCCGACGGCGAGCGGCUCCGUGCCCGCGCGGCGCAGCUGCAGCGUCUCCACGCGGGGCUGUGCCACCUGGCCGGGGAGCGCAGGGCCACCCUGCAGGGCCACCACCGCCUGUGCCAGCUGCGCCGCGACCUCGACGACCUGGAGCAGUGGAUCUCGGAGAGAGAGGUGGUGGCAGCGUCCCGGGAGCUGGGACAGGACUUCGAGCACGUCACGCUGCUGCGGGACAAGUUCCGCGAGUUCUCCCGGGACACGGGCGGGCUGGGCCAGGAGCGGGUGGACGCGGCCAACGCGGCGGCGGCGGCGCUCAUCUCCGGGGGCCACCCCGAGCGCGCGGCCGUGGCGCAGUGGCAGGCGGGGCUCAACGAGGCCUGGGCCGAGCUGCUGGAGCUGGUGGCCACGCGGGCGCAGGAGCUGGCGGCCGCCCACGACCUGCAGCGCUUCCGCCGCGACGCCCGCCAGGUGCUGGAGCAGCUCCGCGCCAAGGCCCGGCAGGUGCCCGAGGAGCUGGGCCGGGACCUGCGCGGCGCCGAGGGGCUGGAGAGGCAGCACCGCGCCUUCGAGCACGACGUGCAGGCGCUGAGCGUGCAGGUGUCGGCUGUGCAGGAGUCUGCUGCCCGCCUGGCCGCGGCGUACGCGGGCCCUCGGGCCGAGGAGCUGCGGGCGCAGGAGGGCGCGGUGGCCGCGGCCUGGGCCGAGCUCCGCGGGCGCUGCCAGCGCCGGCGCCGCCUGCUCGGGGACAGCGUGGAGCAAUUCCGGUUCCUGCGCGCCGCCCGCGACCUGCGGCUCUGGAUGGACGGCGUGCAGCUGCAGCUGCAGGCCCGCGAGAGGCCCAGGGAUGUCACCGCGGCCGAGCUGCUGAUCCAGCAGCACCAGGGGCUGCGGGCGGAGCUGGAGGCGCGCGAGGGCUCCUUCGGGGCGGCCGUGGCCGCGGCCACCGCGCUGCUGCAGCGGGGCCACCACGACGCCGACAAGCUGUCCCAGGAGCUGGCCGAGCUCCAGGAGCGCCGCAGGGACAUCGGGGAGCGCUGGCAGGACAAGCUGGAGUGGCUGCAGACUGUGCUGGAGGUGCUGGUGUUCGGGCGCGAUGCGGCCACGGCCGAGGCCUGGCUGGCCAGCAGGGAGCCCCUGGCCCGCGCCCCCGAGCUGGGCUCCAGCCUGGCCGAGGCCGAGACCCUCCUGAAACGGCACCAGAGCUUCCAGAAGGCGGCGGCAGCCUGGGAGGAGAGAUUCGCUGCCCUGAGCCGCCUCACCACGCUGGAGGAGAAGGAGCGGCGGCGGCGGCAGCAGGAGGAGGAGGAGGCGGCGAGGAAGCUGCAGCCCCCCGAGCCCCCCCCGGCGCAGGCCCAACUCGGGGGGACCCCCCCGGUGGUGCCCCCCGAGAGCCAGGACGGGGGAGGGGGCGGGGAGGGGCCGAGGGCCACGCCCACCCCCCAGAGCCGCCCCCCGGAGCCCCCGGCCCUCAACGGGAUCCGCCCCGACGGCGCCGCGGGCCAGGUCCCCAAAGCGGCGCAGGAGGGGGGGCCCGGCCCGGGGGGAGGGGCGGCCACGCUGCCCCCCCGCGCCCCUCCCCCGCCCGAGACCCUCGAGGGGGGGCUGUGCCGGAAACAGGAGCUGGAGGCGCCCGGCAAGAGAGCCACCAACAGGUCGUGGCAGAGCCUGUACUGCGUCCUGCGGGGGGGGGUCCUGAGCGUGUUCAAGGACGCGCGGGGGGCUGGGGCGGGGGUCCCGUACCACGGCGAGCCCCCCACCCCCCUGCGCGGGGCCCGCUGCCAGCCCGCCACCGCCUACCGCAAACGGAAACACGUCUUCAGGCUGGGGCUGAGCGAUGGGAAGGAAUUCCUGUUCCAGGCUAAGGACGAGGCCGACAUGUCCCUGUGGCUCCGGGCCAUCGAAGCCGCCGCCGCCUCCGCCGGGGCCGUGCCGGGCUCGGGGGGGCCCCGGGAGGGUUCGGGGGUGCCCGGGGGCCCCCCCAAGGCGAUGUCGAGGGCCCUGAGCCUCCCCCCGGUGCCCCCCCCGGCCGAGGGAGCCCCCCGGGCCCGCGAGCACAAGGAGAGGGAGAAACGCUUCAGCUUCUUCAAGAAGAACAAAUAGGGAGGGAGAGUUUGGGGGGGUCCCGUGGGAUGGAGGGACACGGGGGGGACACGGGGGGGGCUCGGUGUGUGUCCCCCCCCAUCCCCUGUCCCGGUGAUGUCACUGUGCAGCCCCCAAGCCCCCACCCCAAUAAAGUGAUUGGA